UCUCUCUCUAAAUGCCAGCCCAUAGCUCUCUCUCUCUCUCUCUCUCUCUCUCUCUCUCUCAUCUCAUCUCAAAACCCCCCAUACCUUUGGUUUCCUCCUCUCCCAAGAAACACAGAGGAAGAGGUAGCUCUGUUCUCCAUAUAAGAACACAGAGAUAGAGAGAGCCAAAACAAAAGAAAACCCAGUAUCACCAAAAUCUUCAAGCAAACCAAAGAAAACAGAGAUGAUGGCUUUGUUCAUCUCAGCUCUUUCUCUAUAUCUCCUCUUCUCUACUGCCUCAUGCAAUAGUAUUUUAUUUGAGAACUACACUUAUCUUCCCUUUGAUGAAGGCUACACUCAGCUCUUUGGUGAUGAUAAUCUAAUGCUUCUUAGGGAUGGGAAGACUGUUCAUAUUUCUCUUGAUGAGAGAUCAGGUGCUGGAUUUGCUUCACAAGAUCAAUACCUUCAUGGGUUCUUCAGUGCUUCCAUUAAAUUGCCCUCUGAUUAUGCUGCUGGAGUUGUUGUUGCAUUCUAUAUGUCAAACGGGGAUGUGUUCGAGAAAACCCAUGAUGAAUUAGAUUUCGAGUUCUUGGGAAAUAUAAGAGGGAGAGAAUGGAGAGUUCAAACCAACAUCUAUGGAAAUGGAAGCACAGCGGUUGGAAGAGAAGAAAGAUACAGUCUCUGGUUCGAUCCAACUGAGGAUUUUCAUCGAUAUUCUAUCUUGUGGAGCCAAGAUAGGAUCAUAUUCUACAUAGACAACAUUCCCAUCAGAGAAAUGGUGAGGACUCCAUCCAUUGGUGGGGACUUCCCUUCAAAGCCCAUGUCUCUGUAUGCAACUAUAUGGGAUGGGUCACAUUGGGCCACAUUGGGCGGCCGUUACAAGGCCAAUUACAAAUAUGCCCCUUUCACCGCCGAAUUUUCCGAUCUCGUCCUCCACGGCUGCGCUGUGGAUCCCACGGACCACCUCUCCACCUGCAACCACCGAGAAUCCGGCCGGUACAGCUCCAUCAAAAUCUCCGACGACGACGAACGGUUGGCGAUGCAGGGGUUCAGAAAGAAGUACGUAACCUAUUCCUACUGCUACGACCGCGAGCGAUACCCGGUGCCCGUGCCCGAGUGCGAACGUCGAGUGCUCGCGAGACUCGCAGGUCUACCGGUCGAGCGGACGCGUUAG